UGCCGCCACGGUGCGUACAUCAAUCCCGAGAAACCCUAUCCGGAGUGCUGCCGAAGGGCCCUUAUUUGCAACUAGGCAGGCGGGUGCAGCUCUUUCAUUCGGUUAUUGGGGAGUUUAUCCAAAACUAUACACAAUGUCGUUUGGCCCAGAAUCUUGCAUUCUUUUUGGUCUCCUCUGUGGCUUGGUGGUUUUCCAAGCCUUUGCUGAUAUUUCCCUUAACAACUAUGGUGAUUCGGCCUAUCCCAAUCGCUGUGUACUCGAUAUUGGCUCUUCGGUGGUGCUGCUCAAAAUGGGUCAGGCCUUUCGCCUGAAGUCCCUGCCCUGCACCACUAUUUUCUGCACUGGAGAUGGUUAUGGCAUGCUCUUCACGUGUGAUAAAAAGGCACCACCGGUUGAUUGUCGCUAUACGGAGUAUUUAAACUGGGAUGCUGACUAUCCAGAUUGCUGCGAGCGCAAAGUUGAGUGCAAUUAAAAUUUCUAAUUGGAAAAUGUUUUUAGUUACAAAUUAGGUCAAUGUCAUGAAGUGAAAUUCUAUCGAAAUUAGCCAUUGGUUAAAUAAAUCGAUUAGACCCGCGGCUAUUUUUCGCAGCUGUUCUGCAUAAA